UUGAAUCCUGCCUUCUCAGCCACACGGAAUCAGCUGCGACAAAAACUGGCCAAGUACGAUGUUCGAGAGUUUGCAACCCUCAUAAUUGAUGUAUUGAAGGAAGCAAAACGUCGCUACUUCGGUCGACCUCCCGAAGAUCCGCAAGACUCAGAUUCCGGUAAUCUACACAACUUUUCAAGUAAUACGAGAAUGGAUUCUAGUGAGCUCAACAAUAGAGAUUACGAUGAUGUUGCUGAUUUUCCAGGCAGGCUGGGCGAAAUGCGCUCCAGUGGUACGACAAGGUAUGCGCAAUGA